AUGGCCAGUCUCGCUCUACUGGUCACCGGCUUCUGUAUCGCGGUAGCUACCGCGCUCUCCGAGCAGUCAACCUUGCCACCACGUUAUAACUCGACGCCUGGAUUGCACCGAACUGCUCAGGGGACAUUUAUGCUUCCACUUAAUUUACAGAAUCUGUGCUCGCACGAAAUAUCUCAAACGCUAUUGUCGCCUGAAGUUUCCGUCUAA